UUGUUUAAGAAGACUGGUAACUGUUCGAGGCCUAAUUGUUCGUUUGCUCAUGGUACUGUUGAGCUCCGUCGUCCUGGGGACUCUUCAUUUCCUGGUAAUGGUUUCGUUUUUAUGCUUUCUGAAUAAGCUAUUGUUUUACAUAUUCGGGUUAAUCUGUGGAAGGAUUCAUGAACUUUCAGUAGAUUAGGUCUCUUUGCUUGGAGUUUUGUAUCAUUCUUUGAUGAUUCUGUGAAGUAAUCUUUCUCUUGGAGCUUAUGUGGUUCAAUGCACCUUUUUAGUGAUAUGAUUGGAUAAAACGUGCUCUGUUUACAGUGGUAUCAGUGUUAUACUUUGCUUUCGAUUUGGUUUAUUCUCCAUAUAAAGUUUUGUACUCGUUUUUGCUGACUAGUUUUGUUCUACGGAAUCAUUCGGGAAUAUUGGAUGUUGUUCCAUUUGCAGAAAGGGAUUAGUACUGCUGGUCUUUCUGGAUGAUAUUUAUAUUGGUUUUCUUUUGGAGUGGGAGUCUGCUGGUUUUUUCUUAGCUGUUAUCUAUAUUGGUUUUCUUAUUGAUCUUGAAAGCACCAUUCUUUUUCAAGAAAAUCUAGUAUGGGCUUUCCGGGGGUAUUCUACAACCAUGGUUCUCAGACUUCCAACAUUUGGUGGCAAGCAAUGCUUGUUGUUAGGAUUUAUCAAUUCCUGUUGUUAUGACUUCUGGCAAUUUUCAUGCUGCCAGUUAUGUAUAAUGGUCUCUCAAGUGGUUUCUUGGAUCAAGGAAUAUGCAGAAUAUGGGGGUUUGAUUGUCAGAAGGAAUUGAACAUCAAAUUUUGGUGGAUUUUGUUUGUGAUAUUAUAUGGAUCUUCAAGAUUGGUUCUUAUUUUCUCAUGUUCAACAUAAUCUGAAGCAUUCUCAACCUAUUAUUUAUUGAUGAGAUACUGUGACUUCCCACUUAUUUAGUGCCCAGUGUGGUUUUUUCUCCAACUGCUGGCAGACGUCACAAUAUGGAUAGUGACUUAAGAGAUAGACUUGGUAGACAGUUUUCUCCAGAGCGGAGACCUUCUUUAGACAGAAGUGGAAGAAGGCUACAAAGAUUUAGUGGACAUGAAAAUGCUAGGCCAUUUGAGUUCCGGAGAGAUAAAGACUACAGGGAGAACCAUAGAUUUGAUGAACGACGUGAUUAUGCUGGUGGUUUGAAAGUCGGGAAUAGGAUUGAAGGCAGGGCAGAAGAUGGAAGAAGUAAGUUUCAGGGUUACAAUAACGUUGAAGAUGGAAGAAAUAAGUUUCAGGGUUACAGUAACGUUCUGGAAGAGCAGUUAAAAGAUGUAGAGAUGGAUGUUAAAACGCUUACUGAUGACAAACUACGGUUGGAGGCUUCCGUUGAAAGGAAGGCACAUGAAGUAGACAUUCUUACUUCUAGGAUUGAGGAGCUUGAGACCCAGUUAGACAGAGAGAAAGAGGAAUGUAGGAGGAUUACUUCAAGCACGAAGAAAUUUGUGAAAGAGUAUAACCGCUUCUUGAGGGCACAAGAUGAUCUAAAGAGGUCAGAAGCCCGUCUUCAAAAAUUGGGAAACCAACUUAGUACAUAUCUUGCUGAAAGUGAAGGCAUUAAUAGGGAUGUAAAUGUGGAUAUUGUGAGCGAUGAAGAGAACAAUGGUCGAAAUUUGAGAACCGUUUGUGAUCCACAGAAUGAGUUGCAGAAUAUGCCUAGGAAAAAGCGUUAUGUGGAUCAGUAUACUACGAAAGAAACUGUUGAAGAUGGCUUCAUAGGAAGAGGUGAAGAAGAGAAGAUGGAGAAGGAGAAGGAGAAGAAGAGACCUUCUCGUUGGAAUAUGGGUUCAUCAAAAUCAUAUUCCAAAGAAGAAAGUGGAGCGUGGAACGAUGAAGACACAAUUAACAAGUCCUCAUCAAAGGAAGACAACUGGAAAAGAAGAAGGUUUUCUAUUGGCACCUCAUCUACUGACAAGGUAAUAUCGUCUACAAGCAUGGCAGCUCAAGCAUUUGAUGAUGUUGCAGAAUUUGAGGAAGAUAAUCCUGAAGCAGCCAAAAGCUCUCCCCUCAUAUCCCUUCCUCCACCCCCACCUUUCAGAGAAACCCAUGUUCAGGUAAACGGAGACGAGGAUGACGAAAACGUUGAUGUGAUGGAACAGGGGAAAGCCAAUGACCUUGAUGAUUCCAUCUGAUCAUAAUAACCGCUAAAAUUUGAACACUGAAAAAAAGCCUGUUGUUUUAAAGUAAUCUUCUGGGGUUUUAUAGGCGAGCUUUACAUUUUAUUCGGUGCAAUAUUAACAAUGAUUAGAAUCGGUAA